AGCAGACUGAGCGCCCCCAUCAGAAAUGUUAACAACUUUGAAUAACAACAAUAAACAGUAAACCUCACUUUAUAUUAUAUAUUUUGGAUUUCAACAUUUCUCACAUUCCCUUCUGCAAUUCAAUAUGGACGAAAGUAAGGGCACGCCGGAAAGUGAUUUCAGCAUAGAAUGCUUCCAAAACUACACAGCUCCCGAGGUUUUUAUUCAGGGUCUCGCUGGCAUAGUUGACCAGCAAGAUGUGGAAUCAAUGAUAAGAGCUCAAAAACAUAUGUUACAGCGUUUCGAAAAAACCAACGAAAUGUUGACCAACUGCAAUGCUCUCAGCGCAUCUCGACUGAAAACCGUAGGCCCAGAGUUCAAACGACACAUGCAACUACUGAGUGAAACUAAAAAGGAUCUAGACUAUAUUUUCAAAAAGAUUAGGAUAAUCAAAUCCAAGUUGUCAACACAGUACCCUGAAGCUUUUGCUGAGGCUGUUCGAAGCAGUUUUGCUGAGGAAUGUGAGGAGGAUGAAAGUGUGAAGACGCAAAAGGCGGAAAAUGAAAACAGGAGAAGUUUGCAUAUCAAGAACGAAGCUGCUCAGUGUUCUGAUACCAAUAGAAGGGCUUCUAAGUAGGUCUCAGUAAUAUAAAGCUUUUGCUAAACAAUAUACAGUAUGUUCAGCAGUGUGGUAGACAAGAAGAGAAAAUUUCAUUUUUCGAAGAGCAUUUUUUUUUUAAUGUUUACUUGCUGAAAAACAAAAUUGUAUGCACAGUGUGGUCUUUCCAUUAUUGACACGUUACAAAUUUUUUUAUUAACUUUAUCAUUAACUGUAGGUCGAU